AGGCCCCAAGAAUUUCGAAACUUUUGUAUACUGAGUAUCAUUUAUUUUCGUGUGCAUGGAUUGCUAUUUUUCCUCUUCGUAUUUCAGCGUCGCAAACGAAUCGUGUAGAAGAAGUAAAGUUCUUGCGAAGGACUAGUAUAUGAAGAAUUCGUGAGCAUGUAUCAACCUUCAUCUAUGUUGACAUAAACCGUAAAAAUAAGAAGUACUAACUUCGUUGUCCGCAACAUCGAUGCUGGUCAUGACACCUGACAGCAUGAUGAAGGACGAGUACGUAGAAUCUACUGAGGGCACGACUAUGAGAGAUGCUCAUCACGUUGGAGAGGCGAGGGAAAUCGAAAUCAGAGGGAGGAGUUGGAGUAGAGCACCUGGCGGUACUAAAGGUCAUCUUUUCAUCCGCUCUGUCUGCACCAGCGUCGUCGUAUGUCGUGCAGUGAAAAUAAAGAAAGAACCUUCUCAGAACUACAAGUGUUGUACUAGGAGGGAAAAAUUUAUUACUUCCACUACAACUACGAGGACACAACUGUCGCGGUCCUCUCGUGAAGAUCGAAAUAAGAACUACAGCUUGUUGAAAAUAAAGAUUAUAAACCGGCGGAAAAAGAAAAUAAACGACGGGUUCUCGUCUUCACUUUCUAGCAGCUUUUUUUUCGCAGCUAUCCAAUUUGUUUUCCGACAAAUUAUCCUCAUUAUGUCCUCUGGUCCGAUGAAUGUCACGUGCACGUGGCGCAACGUCACGGAUUAUCAAAUGUAGAAAUGUCUGGGUCUGGAAGAAUGCAACUUGUCAUGCUAAAUCUGAAUCAGGCAAAAAACUGUGUUGCAUGAUUGCCAAAAGUUGUACACUUUUGACCUAAUCGAGAGGCAGUUUCUCAUGCGGGAUAGGCAUUGGAAAGGUUUCGCAGAAUCUGUCAUGCUAUGUCCUACAUACCAGACCUCAUGGGUUAUGGAAAAACUGCAUGACAAAUCUGGCAAUCUUCCAGACCCAGACAUUUUUACAAUCCAUACGGAUGAGAUCAUCCUGGACGCGGUUUUCGGCUCGAGUCUGGCCAUAUGAACUGCAAAAGUAUUGUACUCGUAGGAAUUAUCGCAGUCACGCAUUACAAAUGAUUUUCUUAUGUGAACCCGCAUUGCAAAAUUUUAUUUCUCAUGCUGAGGAUAUUUGUCAUGCGAUUCAUACUGGUGCGAUACUUUUGCAAUGCAUAGGCCACCGAAUUCCGCAUGGACCCGAGGUUUUUUACCACCGAGGAUAGCGGCGGAAAUAGUACGACGACCGCGUUGCGCGAGUUGGAGGAAGGCGGAGAGGCUGGUGGUGGUACAAGUUCUUCCGCAGGAGGACAACUGGCAUCAUCGUCGUCCGCAGGACCAGGGGCGACUACAUUAGAAGAAGCAGCACCUGGUGGUGGUCCGGAACGAAAGUCAAUAUCAGGCUCAGCUGGCUCGUCUGGGAAUGAUAUUACCACUAAUGCUCAGACAAAGACGUCAUCUUCAACUUCAUCUUCUUCUUCACGGGCGGGAGGCGCUCUAGUUGACGGGGUGGUACCACGGGAAGUAGUGGAACAGAAUAGUCAAGAACAUGGCGGCGAGAAGAUGUCGCCCCUCACUUCUGGCGCGCCGGGAAUAAAGUCCAGCAGUAGUAGUGCUAGUACCAGUGGUGCUUUAGAUUCGACAACGUCCUUUGGAGGAAGCAGCGACUCAACACGACCCUCCGCAGGGACAACUACUUCUGAUAAUGUCUUCAAGCGAGGUAGUAGUUCAUCAACAGCACUUCCCUCCCCUACCUCUCUGCAGCAAGACUACUACUACCCCCAAAACAAAUUGUUCCGAGCAGGCGACGUGGAUAUAAAUCUGCAGGGAAGUAGUAAUAGUAGAAUACACGACGUCAACUUCAACACUGCGGGAAACAGCUACUUUCGUCAGUACAAAAGACCCCGGAUCGAGAUUAACGAAAAACGAGCUUUCGACUGGACGCCCUUCAACCCGCCGAAGAUUGUUCAUCAAGCUACAUCGGCAAGCAGUUCUUCUAGUACAGGGGCUACUACAGAUUCGACCCCUGCGUCAACCAGUGGGAACACCCCGCCAGGAGUACUGCUGACGACCAAAGGAUCACAGCUGAAACUGCCAUUUGGAGUCGGGUUGAACCAGCCGAAAGCUUCUACGUCUGAAGGAGCUACUACUUCUUCGUCCUUUUGGCCACCAUCGUCAUCGUCAUCAUCACCAUCUUCAGCCACGACUUCAUCCUCGUCCACUGGUGGUGUUGUCCCCGGAACCGGCGCAGCGACAAGCAGUAGGAGCUCUACUUUCUCUACUGCUCCCACUUCGACUGGCAGAUUUGUUUCAGAAUACGAGAAAGAGCAAAGCGAUUUUUUUCUCAACAACGGCGGAACUGGAAACAGCAAUAAAUUCGCACCAGCUGCACACAACUACAAUAAGCAGAUUGAAAUCCGUCCGGGGCGAUAUGACGUGGAGAUCAUGAAGCAAUCAGACGCUUAUCAAAUCAUCAAGGAAUCUCGAGCGGACACGACGUUUCACCCGCAGUCGUUUUGGAGAACGAUACCGUGGAAAAGACGGAAGGGGCAGAUGAUGAUGAGCACUUCCAAGCGGUUUGAAGCGAAUCUUUUGCUAGAUGACAUUGGAGGUGGAUCUUCAGCAGCGUCAACUACCAUGAAAAACCUGCAAAUCGGGGGCAGUAGCAGCAGCUCUUCGAUACCCGCGGCCUUGCUGCAAGACGGGCACAGUGCAUCAAAUACGCCCACAACGUCUACUAGUGCAGCUGUCGUUGAGGAUUAUAGUGCAGCUUCUUUGUCCUCGUUAACGACCACAGAAGAACUCGACCCCGAGCAGUCUUCUACUUCCGACCGGUUACUCCAAGACAGCAGCAACUCCACCGAUUCCGGCGACACGUUUCAAUUCCCAACCAACGUACAACAACCGACAACGACGACCACCACUACCACCACCCCCUGGCCGGGGCCGAGCUAUGACAGUAUUACCUCGCAUCCACAGUACGACGCGGAAAAGAUUUACGACUGGUUGAACCCCCGAUUGCACGAGGCACAGAACAAAAACGAGCCAACGCUGGUGAUUCAAAACACGGACUACCCUCUCGCCGCGUUCCGCUGUUACGGACCAAACGGCUUUGUCGCGAGCACAAGUACGACCACAACGACCACGAGGUUCAGCACUUCUUCCUCCUCGGGAAGCAGCUCCGGUUCUGUUCAGAUCGGCGCCAGCGUUGCGAGCGCGCCGAGGAGAUCCUUGGAGCAGCUGCUUGGGAUAAAAACUACUACCGAGAGAACAAAAUCUUCUUCUUCUUCUUUCGCAGAAAAUAAUUAUAACUCGCCGUGGUUCUACAACGACCCAGAUGAUGUUCAGCGGUACAGCUACCCGGAGGAGGAUUCUUUCAGCUACUACUACGCGGAUCCAAACAAUCUAAAACACGGUCGCUACCUCUUCGGCCACACGGCGGCAGACCGGGCGUCGCAAAUGCCGGUGGGCGAGUCCGCGCCCCCCGAAGACCCCUCAGAUGGGGACUGGUCGGUGAAUGCAACGCACGGCUACAAGCCGCACUGUUUGCGGGAGCGGUGUUUGCAAGACGUCGAUCCCAACGCGGUUUCUGUUUCGCAGUCCAACAUGAUGGACUGCGCGGCGCUGAACUGCCUGCAGUGCAAAACCUUCACCAACAUGACCUGCACGGUGUGCUUGGCCUACACUUUAGGGCGCCCGGAAUUUUUCUGCAUGCACAACGAGGACGUGUGUGCGGAUUUGCGAUACGCAAGACCUUUCACCGAUUCGGUGGAAAUUAACGGUCAGUGCCCGGACGAGGAGUUGCGGUUGAUUAUCGGCGACAACAAUUUAGGCGUCGUUAUCUUGUGUAAAAACGUCCCCACCCCAUAGUCACGUUGGUAAAUCUGCAACACAAAUCUUCAAGUUUUGGGAGUUUUGCAUGACAAGUUUCCAUCUGUAGCGUCGUGCUGUCUAGCAAAGUCAGCCGCAUCAGAAAGCCAGCCUCUCAUCCUGUUUACAGCAUGACAAAGUCCAAAACACGAUUGGAAAUGCCUCUCAUGCAGAUCCGCAUUACAAAUGUUCCUGUCAUUGCAUAUUUGCAUCACAACUCUGGAGUGGGGACGUUUUUACUCAGGAUAGUCGUCCCCGUGAAUAUCACCGUGAACACGACCGCGCCGAAGGACUGGAAGAACCCGAUCGUCCCGGACAUUUUCACCCCGCAGUACCUUUAUCACAAGGAAAAACCCCCCCUCCCCAUAUCAAACGGAAGUUUCUGAUGCUGGAUUUGCGUAUACAAAUCAGGUUUGUCUUGCAGUAGAGGACUGCAGGCCCCUGCCAAGCCUGAGUAGAGAGGUUUUGGCCUAGGCGUUUAGCAUGAGAAACUUCUAUGCUGUAGGCCCAACAGCAUCACAAACCGCCUGCAUAAUGCGGCAGAGCCUGUGGAGUUGUCUUCUUGCAAGACAGACGCGAUUUGUGGUCUCAAAUCAGCAAGACAAAUUUUCGGAAACAUACAUUUUCGAUAUGGGGAGGGGGGAUUUUUCCUCUCAAUAACCUUCCCUACAUUUUCGGGGGUAUCUCCGCGCCGUUCGUCGUCUUCAUCGUGUUCUUCAUUUACGGGAGGUACCGGAAGAUGAUCGAACGGUUAAAAACCUUCAACGCCGACGGCAUGGCGAAUCCGGAGGUGGCGCAAGGGGAUUUCACCAAGUUGAAAAGGGUAGAAAUUCAUCAGGUUUAUUUUCAAAACAGCAUCCAGAAUGUUGAAGUGUUUUUUACUCCAGUCGUGCCUGCAUUGAAGAUUCUCAUCCAUCAAAUCACUGGUGUAUCUCUGGGUCACAAGAAGUGCAGCUUACUACUCUGAUGUCACUUCUCAUCACCGCAGGACAGACCAGAUUUGUUGUACUGUUGCUAAACUUACAAAAAUCUUCAAAAUUCACCAAAAACAAUAUACUACUUUCAGUUCUUCGUCGAGUUUUUGGAGGAUUUCCUGGAAAAGUCGAAGCAGAGCUUAUCAAGGAGAAAAAUCCCCCCUCCCCAUAUCAAAACGGAAAUCUGUGAUGCAGCUUUGUGGCCACAAAUCAGCUUUGUCAUGCUGGAAGGGAAGAGCUGCGGACUAUAGUGCUGACUGGCGCAGGAAUGCCAUGCGUCUUCAGCAUGACAGCAAGCAACUGGAAACGGGAAACAGCAUGACAAAUUUCCUCCAAACGAGGGAACAACUGCGUCUCUUAGCCUUCUAGCAAUACAAAUCGACUUGUGUACUGAAAUACAGCAAUACAAGUCUCGUUUUCGAUAUGGGGAGGGGGGUUUUUCCUCACAAUAGGGGUGGGACGAGGAGAUCCAGGAUUUGAAAGAGUUCGAGCACCGCAGUAUCCCAUGUAAAAACGUCCCCACCCCAGAGUCAAGAUGGGAAAUCUGCAACACAAGUCUCCAAGUUCUGGGAGUUCUGCAUGGCAAGUUUCUAUCUGCAGUGUAAUGCUGGUUAGGAAGGAAAUCCGCAUGAGAAAGCCACUUUCCCAUCCUGUUUGCAGCCCUACAAAUCCCAAAACACGAUUGGAAAUGCCUCUCAUGGAGAGGCGCAUUACAAACGUUUUCUGUAAUUGUACAUCUGCAUGACAACUCUGGGGUCGUGGGGACGUCUUUGCACAGGAUACGCAGCGAAAAGUGCCGGCGGCAGUUGGCGGUGUUCCGCAAAACACUGAAAUUCCGGCGGGAGAACAUGAUCUCCGCGAAGCAUCUGAACCUGAUCGCGAAGUACAUGCGGGUCAUGCCCUACCUCUGCCUCCACCUCCACUGCGACUGGUACGAGUCCGACGAGAAGACGCUGCAGGCGCUCUGCAACGUGAUCCGCCUGAGUUUCUCUUCCGAGUCGCUGAAGUUGUACAAGAUCAAGUGCCGGGUCUCGUUCGAGCACGACACGCUGAAAUUUCCCCCUUCCAUGAACGCGCAGGGGCGAUCCUCCGUGGACGACAUCGCGGAAUUGCUGUUUUUCAACCCCAGUGUGAACCGUUUGAAGGUGAUGAACGCGAUGGACAUUCGGCUGGAGAAAAAGCAACGGGAGAAGUCCGCGUGGUACCGCCAGUAUUACCGAAAGUACGUCGCGCCAACACUGGACGGCAUCGUCCCCGGAGCUUCCGGCAGACGCGGCUCCCGGGGCAACUACAAGGUGUCGCCCGAAGACGAUUCGGAGUCGUUGCAACUAGCGAUAGAAAACGGGGAGGCGUUCAUCGACGAAGCGACCGGCGAGGUUGUUUACACCGACGAGGCGGAUGCGAUGCACCACAACAAAAAGGAGCGGAGAAACAACCAAAAGAACAGUCUACUGACGAUCAUCACCGGGGAAAACCCCUGGGACCCGGUGGAUUUGUACAAAUUGCGGCAAUUGACGACCGGCCGGGUGUAUGAACUGCAAAAGUAUCGUACUCGUAUAAAUGCAUGACAAAUUCCCUCCGCAUGAGAAAUAAAAUUUGUAAUGCGGAUUUCCCUAGAGAAAAGAAUUUGUAAUGCAAGCCUUGCAUUUAUACGAGUACGAUACUUUUGCACAGGAUAGGGUGGACACGAAGGAGAUGAACUUCGGACUCAUCGGGUCGUGCUGCUACUUUAUGGAUUGUAAAAAUGUCUGGGUCUGGAAGAUUCUUACAUUUGUCAUGCAUGUCUGACAUGACUCGAGAAUCUGUGAUGCAUGGGUACGAAAAGGCUCUCUGAUCUGUCAUGUAAAAACGUUGUUUCUCAUGCGGAAUACGCAACACAUAGCAGCUCAAAAAUUUGUCAUGCCUGGCUGCGUAUUGCAGUCCAGCUAUCAUCCACUUUUAGCAUUACAAGUUUCCAGACCCAGACAUUUUUACAUUUGAUAUACUUGGGCGCUUUAAAAGCGUUGCGGAACUUGCGGGUGCUGCGGUUGAGAGAUUGCAAUUUGAACGACGGCGUGGCGGACACGUUGUUAAAGUUGCUGAAGCGGUGCAAGUUGGUGCAACUCGUUCUGUCCAACAACUAUUUCGGAGAUGCGUUGAUGAAGAAGAUGAUCGUCUACUUCGAGGACCGCGCGCAUUCCGAGGAUUUGAAACUCUUGCAAGUCGACAAAAACAUGAUCCGGGGAAACGGUUUUCGCGAGUGGCGGUCCGACGAUUUCGAGGAGCAGAUCACCAUCGACGAACUCUGUCUCGGCACGGAGUUCUUCGGCAACCCCUUGCUCGGGGAUAAGGGCGUAACGAAUCUGGUCCGGUCUUUGCAAUUCGAGAUUGAGCAGUUCAAGUUGGACCAGGUGAAGAAACCAACGGAUGAAGACGACGCGGAGAACAGCUUCUCCGACGAAUCCGCCGGGAACAACUCGCCGAACAACGCGAAAGCGAAAAAGAAAUUUCAGAUCAAGAAGCUGAUGCGCAAGGUCGCACGACGAAACCAGCGAGGGACCAGUCAGGACGCCAAGAAAUUGGAACAAACGCAGCAGUCGAGCUCCAGUGAGGAACCGCAGAAGAAAAAGGAGGACGACCCGCAGCCGAUCGCGAAGCCGGUCAAGUGGAAGUUCAAGUGUCUCCGGGCGUUGCGGCUGUGCCACUGUCGGCUGACGGUGAAGGGCGCAAAAGCCGUCGCGAACUACAUCUGCCAUCCCUCGGCGCUGCCGUUAAAGAUCCUCGCUUUGGACGGCAACGCGAUCAAGGACGACGGGCUGGAGUUUUUGAUGAAGGGGUUUUGCCAGCGGUUGAAGAUCCGGCAGGGCGGGGCGCACGCCGCGACCGCGGCGCAGGCGAAAAAAGUGGUGUCGGAUUUGGAUGAUAUUGACGAGGAGGAACAGAAGCGGUUGGAUGAGGAGAACGAAGACAAGGAGUUUGAAAUGGCGGCGGCCGCGGGUACCUCCAUGCUGGAUAUGGACAUCACCGAGGAAUACGUGUUGCACCAAUGCGAGAGAAAAGCGGUGGGUGCGGAUCCCGUGUUGGAGGAGCUAGGGUUAAACGACUGCUUGCUGACCGACGCGAGUCUGAACAUGCUGAUGAUCUUCAUCCGGACAGAGAGGUUGGAUCUGGUAAUAUCAAAAGGAAAAAUCUCCCCUCCCCAGAUCAAAAGGAAAUUUCUUAUGCUGGAUUUGCGUACACAAAUCAAAUCUGUGUUGCAGUAUAGGAUUGCAGUCCAUAUCAAGCCUAAGUGGAAGGGUUUUGACGUAGACGCGUAGCACGGAAAAUGUGUACAUUGUAGGCCGCAUGGCAUCACAAACCGCCUGCAUCUGUGGCGGAGUCGCUGGAUUGGCCUUCUUGCAAUACAGAGACGAUUUGUGGUCGCCAAUCAGCAUCACAAAUUUUCAGAAGUGCCCGUUUUUGGUAUCGAGAGGGGGGACUUUUCCUCACGAUAGGUAAGACUGGGCGGAAUGAACCCGAUGUCGACGCAGAUGCGGAAAGACAUUCACAUAUCCUGAGUAAAAACGGCCCCACCCCAUAGUUGUCAUGCAGAUUUGCGAUUACAGGAAGAUUUGUAAUGCGCAUCUCCAUGAGAGAGAGAGAGAGGCAUUUCCAAUCACGUUUUGGAAUUUGUAAUGCUGUAAACAGGAUAAGCAGAUGAAUUUGUGAUGCGGCUGCACUUGCUAAACUGCACUACACUACGGACUGGAAUUUGUCAUGCGUGGCUCCCAAAGCUUCUGGGUUUGUAUUGCUAAGUAUGGGGUAAGGACGUUUUUACAUAUGAUAUCACAACCACAACAUGGAGGUUGCGAAGAUCCGGAACGUGAACCGCGGAUAUCCUGUGCAAAAGUAUCGUACUCGUACAAAUGCAAGUUUAGCAUUACAAAUCUUUUUCUUGAGGGAAAUCUGCAUUACAAAUUUUAUUUCUCAUGCUGGGGAAAGUUGUAAUGCAUUUAUACGAGUACGAUACUUUUGCAGUGCAUAGCGGAUUCAUCACCGCAAAAGUACCCGUGAUGUUCUAGGGAGGAGGAGGAGGUGGUUGGCUGAAGAUGUUGGACUGAUAAGGCGCGGAAAAAGUGCUACUGCUUGUACUUUACCAUGUAGUACACUAGAGCUUCAAGAAAAAGAAUUCAAAAACUGCAAAUCCAAAUUUUCUUUACUUAUCAAUCUAUCACGAGCGACUGAUUUUUUGACACUGACGGAACUAACCGUGUACCGAGCUUUUACUUUAAUUUACUUUACUUCGCAAGAUGAAAAUCUGUUAUACCUCAAAAACGCUUAGAAUCUUGAUAAUAGAUACGCAUUUAGACCAGAAGAACUAGUAACACCCGAAUCGUACUACCGAUUCUGGGCCUGUCGUUCCUAUCGUGCUCUACCACCAAGGGCCGCAGGGUAGUAAGCACAUUCAUCUUCAGUAAGCAAGAUAUACAGAAUCAGCGCUGUCGUGCGCGGAAGUGAUAAACCAAUCGUGCAAGAAGCGCGUAGCAGAGAGCUGCAUUUAUGCUUUUGAACAACAGAAAGCUCCUUUGCUAAGGGAAAUAAGUACCUUUUCAAGCGUGCAUGAGAAGAAAAAGACUACAACAACCGAUGAAGUUUGUUAAGAAUUUACCCUUGGAGAAGUCGUGCAAGCCUUAAUACAGUUCCAGUACAAAAUCAAACAAAUCAACGUCAAUCUAGACCCAAUUUUUUACCAAUUCUUCAACAAAGUAAGCGCCCAGAACUUUACGAAUCGCGUAUUAGAAUUUUAUCACCAUGUGCUUUAGGGUGAUAAAGUACAGUAAGUAUUUACGAACUCUGCUCCUGCAUUAAGGAGGGAGGAGGGACAAGAAGAAGAGAACAGCUAAGUAGCUAGCCCCUGCUCGUCUCGCCCUCGCGUUGACCACAGCGAGACACUUGCACCAAGCAGAGUUUGGUGCAUACCACUCUGCUUGAGGACGAAAUAGGAGAACACGAGGUGAGUACAACUUAGCAGUCGGCGCUACCUCCAGAUGAACUCUACCCAGAUGAUGACCUGUAUUUGCUGUUUUUCAAAAAUUUGUAUAUAAUUGCUGUGAAAUUAGACAAAAA